AUGAUAGAUAAGAACUGGAUUUUCCAAAAGGAUAGAUUAUCGGAGGAGUUUUUCAAUGGACUUAAAAUUUUUCUCAAAUUAUCAUCCUUUCACUUGAAUGAUGAAAAUAAGAUUCGAUGUCCAUGUGUUUCAUGUAUGAACUUAUACUAUUAUGACUUGGAGACGAUUGAGCGCCAUAUAUUUGUAAGAGGAUUUUAUACAAAAUAUGUUUUAUGGGAGUUCCACGGGGAAGAUAUCACAGAAAUACACGAGGAUGAAGAGAAUGCAGAAUCAAUCGUUGAGGAAGACAACACAUUAUAUGAUAGUGAUGAUGAAGAUGAUGACGAUAUGAUACCAGCAUUAGAGGAUUUAGCUAAUCAAUCUCAUAGAAAUAGUGAUUUUGUGAACCUUGGAGAUUCAAAUGGCGACAACAAUGCAAGGAAUUCAUUACCUAACUUAUUUGCUGAAGCUGAAAAGGAGUUGUACCCCGGAUGCACAGUAUUCUCGAGCUUAACAUUUAUUGUUAAUCUAAUGCACAUUAAAGUGAUGUGUGAUUGGAGUAACAAAUCAUUUGAUCUGUUGUUGGACUUACUUUGGAAAGCAUUUCCCAAAGACAAUAAGAUUCCACGGUCAUAUUACGAGGCUAAGAAGAUGUUGCGUGAUCUUGGUUUAAGAUAUGAAACCAUUCAUGUAUGUAAGGACAAUUGUGCUUUAUUUUGGAAAGAGAAUGAAAAUGCUGAAAGAUGUCCUGUAUGUGAUCAUGAACGAUACAAAUUUCAAGGAACUAAAGGCAAGAAGAUCCCAUACAAAAAGAUGCAAUAUUUUCCCAUAACUCCACGUCUACAACGACUUUUUAUGUCUCGCCAUACAUCAACUGAUAUGAGGUGGCAUAAGCAAGAACGUGUUGAUACUGAUGGUGAACUUAGACACCCAGCGGAUGCAGAAGUCUGGAAGGAUUUCGAUCGACAAUAUCCUAAUUUUGCAAAAGAAACUAGAAAUGUUAGGUUGGGAUUUGCAACAGAUGGAUUCAAUCCAUUCGGUGAUUUAUCAAACGCACAUAGUAUGUGGCCAGUGUUGCUAAUGCCAUAUAACAUGCCUCCAUGGAAAUGUAUGAAACGAGAAUUCGUAAUGAUGGCAUUACUAAUUCCGGGACCCGGUCUCCGAGCAAAGACAUAG